AUGGAUCUUCUUCUCCUAGAGAAGACCCUUUUAGGUCUCUUCUUUGCCAUUAUAGUUGCCACCGUUGUCUCUAAAUUCCGAGGGAAGCGCUUCAAACUCCCUCCUGGACCCAUCCCAAUCCCUGUAUUCGGAAACUGGCUCCAAGUCGGCGAUGACUUAAACCACCGAAACCUCACAGAUUUAGCGAAGAAAUUCGGAGAAAUCUUGUUACUCCGGAUGGGACAACGCAAUCUGGUGGUGGUCUCAUCUCCUGAGCUCUCCAAAGAAGUUCUUCACACGCAAGGGGUCGAGUUCGGCUCAAGAACACGAAACGUCGUGUUCGAUAUCUUCACCGGAAAAGGUCAAGACAUGGUGUUUACCGUUUACGGCGAACAUUGGAGGAAGAUGAGAAGGAUUAUGACUGUUCCAUUCUUCACCAACAAAGUGGUUCAGCAGUAUAGGCAGGGAUGGGAGGAAGAGGCGGCGCGUGUGGUUGAAGAUGUGAAGAACAACCCAGAAGCGGCGAAGAAUGGGAUUGUUUUGAGGAGGAGGUUGCAAUUGAUGAUGUAUAAUAAUAUGUAUAGGAUAAUGUUUGAUCGGAGGUUUGAGAGUGAGGACGAUCCGUUGUUUGUGAAGCUCAAGGCUUUGAAUGGAGAGAGAAGUAGGUUGGCGCAGAGCUUUGAGUACAACUAUGGUGAUUUUAUUCCCAUUUUGAGGCCUUUCUUGAGGGGUUAUUUGACGAUCUGCAAGGAAGUGAAGGAGAGAAGGUUGCAGUUGUUCAAAGACUAUUUCCUCGAUGAGAGAAAGAAGCUUGCAAGCACAAAGCCAAUGGACAACAGUGGGCUAAAAUGCGCUAUUGAUCAUAUCCUCGAAGCCGAACAGAAGGGAGAGAUCAACGAGGACAACGUCCUUUAUAUCGUUGAGAACAUUAACGUAGCGG